CAUGUGCGCAUGCAAGGCAGUCUUACGUACACAUUUACACCUCCUUCGAGAUGUCCAAGGGGACCCGCUUGAGAGGUUUUAGCCGUGAGUGUGUUUCUGUGGAACCGCGUGCGCCCAUAGCUGCCAAGCGCUGUCAGACUGACAUCCACGGAGACAUGAACAGCUCCUUCUUCGACCAAGCCCAGGGCGCACUAUUCAACAGGAGCCAAGUCCUCGCUGGUACUCUGGUGAACUGCUGCAACGCGACCAACGUGGCAACCAGUGACGGCGGCUCGCUGGCGCUACCUCCGGACGAGCGGAAACUCUUCAUCAGUCGCGUCGUACAGAUCGCCGUCCUGUGCGUACUGUCGCUCACCGUCAUGUUUGGUAUCUUUUUCCUCGGCUGCAACCUCAUGAUCAAAUCGGAGAGUAUGAUUAACUUUAUGGUGAAGGACCGGAGACCUUCCAAAGACGUAGAGGCGCCGGGGAUGAUAGGACUCAGCUAGUCUCUGGCGCCGGGAUGGAGAAUGGUGUGUAGCAGCGCGCCACGGACCCAUAGCCUCACCACGCUGUCUUUGGAGCGGCACGAUGAUAUGCAAUGCGUUUGAUUUCCUUACGAAGUAUGUUUGCCAAUAAAGACUGCAAUUGCAGUCAAGCGCGGACAAUUCCUCACAUCAAAAGUUCAAGGAGAACAAGGAAUGCAUCGUUGUUUACGCAUAGGCUGUUGGAUAUGGUUUUGUUUUUGACUGUCAACUUGAACAAAGUAAUGGACUCUUGUGAUAUAAGUGUUUACACGUUGUUACCUCAUUCUAUUUGCAAAAGUCGAUAUUUCAUCAUUGUUUAAGUAACAAAGCUAACUCGUCAGCAACUUUACGCAUGCAGAUGUUAUGUUUUUUUCCUUUCCAGUUCUGACAGUAGGCUAUACGUUUUGGAUGUGGGAUUUCUCUGAAAAUAUAUUUUUCUUGGUCCCGUUUCUUAGUAGCAUGUCGGGCAAACACUCAAGGUGCUGGGAUCGUGCAUGUUUAACUAACCCCAUCACUGCUUCAAAGAGUGUUUUCUUGUACAGUUCAGCAUGCACGCGGCUUGGUCUGUAGCCUGCAGUACAAGGUGGUAUUUGGACCUACUGUUUUUGCACUUUUUGAAAGCACCUGAUGCUGCAUGACUUUUGUACCAAGAUGAAACUUGAAUGAAAAGUGCAGCAUGCUACGAAUAAACGUGACGUUGUCGUAUCUCUUCA